GCUCCCAGGUUAAAUUUAGUGCAACGAGCCUAAUAUCCAGUCUAUAUGAGCUACUCAGACCAUUGGGUUGAUAUCUCUCUCGAGCAAAUCAAUUCCGACCCUGACGCCCUCUUUGAUAGACGCUCUACAUUAUCCGUUUAUCCGCAAGCCCAGACCAGGAAAUCGUUCUGCCAAAGAAUAAUGGCCAAAAAGAUGGCGUUGUCUUGCGGAGGAAUUUUGGUCGUGGUUGGAAUUUCGUUUGCGACGUUUCUCGCCUCAACAACAGGUUCGCCCACCCUUGGAAUGGAUAUGAAGAUUGGAAGCAAGGGCAAACAAGCUGAGGAAACUUGUACCACAGAGGCUUGCGUGGUCGCCGCUGCUGACAUCAUCAAAUCCUUGGAUGAGACCGCGGAUCCCUGUGAGGACUUUUUCCAAUUUUCUUGCGGAGGUUGGGUGGCUUCGAACGUGAUCCCGGAUUCCAAAUCCAAAUGGGGCAAGUUCUACGAGCUCAGGGAGGCUGUGGACCAAGCUGUACGGACUAUUGUUGAGACGCCUAUUGAGGCUGAGGACGCUCAAGCCGUGAAGAAUAUGAAGAACCUUUACAAUGGCUGUUUGAAUGUGGACGCCAUUGAGGCCCAAGGUUAUAACAAAUUUGUGGACAUGGUCUACGGAGACGAAUUUGGUGGAUGGCCCAUGAUUCAAACCUCUUGGGAUGGGAGUGUGUUCUCUACGGAAAAAGUGGCUGGGGACAACUUGAGGACUUGGUUAAGUUCCACUUUGAUUUCGGUGUACGCCUACUUGGACAGCUUUGAUACCAGUCGGAAUGUGCUCUAUAUCGAUCAAACCAGUUUGGCACUCCCUCGAGACUUCUACAUUGACCAAGACACUUACGCCGAUUACAUCUCUGCCUACAAGAACUACAUCGUGGAUAUUGCCCGUGUAAUGACCCGAGAGAUCGGUUCGGGCGUCUCCGAUACCGCUCUUAUUCAGGCUGCCGACAACAUUGUGGCUUUUGAGACCAAAUUGGCCAUUGGAGUGGUCCCCGAUUCUGAGAGGCGAAAUGCCACCGAAAUGUACAACCCAAUGACCUACACAGAGCUCAAGAACAAAUACCCGAUCUUUUGGAAUGACUACUUUGGACGAGUUUUCACCGACACUGACGUGGUUUUGGAGGAAUCUGAAACGGUGAUUGUGGUCGAACCGGAAUACUUUGAUUGGCUCCUACCUGUUUUGAUUGCCACCCCGGAAAAUAUCCUAUCUGAUUACCUUUAUUGGAGCCGCUUAAUGAGUAUGGUGAGCCAAGGACCCAAGGAAAUGCGUGACAUUGAGUUCCAAUUUUCAUCGAUUCUUUACGGACAAUCUGCUCCUUCCCCCAGAUGGAGCACAUGCGUCUCAAAAGCCUCUAGAGAGGAUCAAGGCUUUGCUUAUGCCAUUGGAAGCGAAUAUAUUCGUCUCAAGUUUGACGAUCAAACUCGAGCUGAUGCCGAUGCCCUGGUGACAGAUCUUCGAGGAGCUUUCAAGGAACUUGUCACUGAGUCCGUUUGGAUGGACACUGACACGCAAGUUUUGGCUCAAGACAAGGCUGAUCAAAUCAUUCAAUUGGUCGGAUAUCCCGAUUGGAUCAUUGAUGAUGAAGAAUUGGAUCAACGUUACGAGACGUAUCCUGAAACCAGUGAUUCUAACCAUUUCGACAACAUCAAAGGCACCAUGUAUGCUUAUCAGACUUUGUCUUUGAACACCUUGCGGAAAACUCCAGACAGAAGCGAAUGGAUUACCCAACCCGCCAUCGUGAAUGCCUUCUACUCUCCCAGCUAUAAUACCAUUUCUUUCCCUGCUGGCAUUUUGCAAGCCCCAUUCUUUGGCAAAGGCUACCCCAGAUACUUGAACUAUGGUGCCAUCGGUGUCGUGAUGGGCCAUGAGAUCACUCAUGGAUUUGACGACCAAGGUCGACAAUACGAUGGUAGUGGUAGUAUCAAGCAAUGGUGGUCUGAUGAGACAAUCAAUGCCUUUGCUGACCAAGUCCAGUGUUAUAUUGACCAAUAUGACAACUACUACUUGGAAGAAUUGGGCGAGGAUGUUCAUGUCAAUGGCAAAGCCACUCAAGGUGAGAACGUGGCGGACAAUGGUGGCCUUCAUGAGGCCUUCAGAGCGUAUCAGAACUCAGUUGAAAGCCAAGGAGCCGAGGGACCUUUGCCUGGAUUGGAGUCCUUCUCCAGUGAACAGAUGUUCUUCAUUGCUUAUGCCCAGGUUUGGUGUGAGAAACAGACCGACGGCGGUUUGUUGAACCAGGUUCUGACCGACCCGCACUCCCCUGGCAAAUACCGCGUUUGGGGCCCGGUUUCCAACUCGCCUGACUUCGUGACUGCCUUCAACUGUCCGGCCAACUCCAACAUGAACCGCCCCAACAAAUGUGUCUUAUGGUAGAGGGAGAAAUAA